AUGUCCUACUUUCCGAACAACAGGAGCCCUCCGCCUCUGCAACACCCGGUGCCCACCCAUCCUGCCUACAUCCCCGAACCGCCAUCCACCCCCGUCUCUCCCCAGGGCUACCAACGCUACGUCAGUUCACCGCCUGCUCAACAGCCCCCUGCACCACCGCUUGGCUCGGGCAGUCGCGUACCUCCCAAUUACGCAGGCCAGUACCAGCCAAUGAACUCACCACCCCGCCAUCUGUCCACGCAUGGCCAGCCCGGCGUGAACGUGCCAAACGUGCCAGUCGACUUUUCCGCAUGGGGCAUCAACGAUGCCACCGCGCAGUUUGGCAUGCAGCUUGGCCAGAGUGCCGUCGCCGCUGGCCAGGACUACGUCCAAAAGAACCUCGGAGGCCUCAUCCCAAUCUCUGUCUUGAAGCACCACUUCAAUGUCUCAAACUCGUACGUUAUGAACAAAUUGCGUUUGCUGCUCUUCCCAUGGCGGCAUAAGCCUUGGUCGCGCCGCAUGCAUCGAUCAGAGAACGGCCAGACAGAGUGGCAGCCCCCGCGAGAUGACCUCAAUGCGCCUGACUUGUACAUUCCACUCAUGGCGCUUGUCACUUACAUCUUGCUUGCCGCGCUUUACUCUGGUCUAGACUCACGGUUCCAUCCAGAGAUUCUCGGCGUGACGGCUUCAAAGGCUCUUGCUGUAGUGCUGCUUGACUUCUUGUUUGUGAAGCUAGGCUGCUAUUUCCUGAACAUACCGGGUGGAAUCAACCAAGUAUUAGAUCUACUCGCCUACGGCGGCUACAAAGUGAUCGUGACACUGAUGUUCGGUCUUAUGAAAGUAGGGUGGACAGUGUAUACUCUGAUCUUCACGUACUCCUUCCUGGCAACUGGGUUCUUCCUGCUGCGCUCAUUGCGGUCACUGGUGCUGCCCGACGCUUCGGCGACAGCAGCGCCGGUCAACAACCCCUCGCAGCGUUCACGGCGGAUUACAUUCCUCUUCCUAGUCGCUGUCACGCAAGUUAUAUACAUGGGUGUGCUUAAUGAGUCUGCCGCCAAACUCGACAAUGCCCCCAUUUUGAAGUACGUCAAGCGCAAGGUCGAUGAGCGAAAUAAAUUGGUGUCACAGCUAUCUGAGGAUUACUCGCGCGCAGAGGAUGUCUCAUUGGCGAAGCAAAUCAAGGAACUGGAACCCCUCGAGGGCGCAUGGCGGGAGUGGGCACGCAGCAGAGAGUCGUUGCAAGAGACCCUGCCGCUCCUGAAUGACGCCGAUCCCAAUAUGCGCGCGCUUGCCGUGGAGGAGCACGCCGCGCUCACCACAGCUCUGUCUGACCUCCUGAACAACACGUUCCCGCGGCUGCUCGUCCCGCCGUCGGCCACCGCGCACCUCGCCGCGCUCGUCGAACUCAAGACGGGCGUCGGCGGCUCGGAGGCGUCGCUCUUUCUCGGCGACCUCGUGCGGAUGUACACGCGCGUCGCGAACGCGAUGGGCUGGAAGGCUGCGCUGGUCGGCAGCAACGAGCUGGAUAACGGGGGAAUGAAGGAUGCCAUUCUGGAAGUGAAGGGCGAGGGAACGUAUGACGCGCUACGUUGGGAGAGCGGGGUUCACCGCGUGCAGCGCGUCCCGGCGACAGAAGCAAACGGGCGGGUGCAUACGAGUACGGUCGCGGUCGUGGUGCUGCCUCUUUCAGAGGAGACAGACUCGCAUUCAGGACAAGGCGAUCUGUUUUCGCCUGACGAGGUGAAGAUAGAGGUCAUGCGCUCUAGAGGAGCUGGAGGGCAGCAUGUCAACAAAACAGAGUCGGCUGUACGUCUGACGCAUUUGCCUACCGGUAUCACUGUGUCUAUGCAAGACGAGCGGAGUCAGCAUCAGAAUCGACGUCGCGCCUUCCAAGUACUACGCGCACGCCUAAUGGACCGCAAGCUGAGCCAGGAAGUAGUCGAGCGGCGUGCCGUUAGGCGUGAUCUUGUUCGGAGUGCCGAUCGAAGCGAGAAGAUCAGAACAUACAACUACGCCCAGGAUCGUGUAACAGACCAUAGGCUUGGGUUGUCACUCAUGAAUCUCAUGUCCGUGAUGGAGGGUGAUGGGUUGCGCGAGAUAUUGAGGGAGCUGAGGGAUAGGUACCACCAUGACUGUCUGGAGGAGAUAAUGCAGCACUAGAUGUUGAUACCAUCUCAGUGUUGUUCUAUACAACAGGUUAUUGU